UCUAAGCCUUGAACUGUUGUUUACGAGGACGACUGCGAAGGCACUUCGUGAUAUCCCAAAAAAACGACAAAUUAUUUUCCCGAUAAGUAUCCUGAGUAUAAUUCAAUCAAAAGGACACGUGACAGUGACAUAGUUGUCGACGCAGACUUGUUUGUAUUAGCACACAGCAGCUAUAGCUAACUUGCGAACUUCGCUUUGAUUUUCAAAAAAUAACCUAAACUUUUUCAUAGCUUCACGUAAACGAAAUACCACCCAAAAUAAUGUCUCUCAUAGGGGAUCACAAAAUCGUGCGCGUUUUUCUUAUAGUCCUUUCUCAGAUUGUUUACAUUGUUACUUUGUUCAUCAACGCACUCGCAGGAUCGGGAAAAGGGCCAUUCAGGCACAGCACGGGAAAUGUGUCGGGAAGAUAUGAAACAGAGAUCACUCCUGCAGGAUGGACCUUCUCUAUAUGGGCUAUCAUCUAUUCAUGGCUCUUUCUAAUGAACUUAUAUUUCCUGACCUGGCUCUGCAGACGGUUGUAUUCAAGCCCAUCAAUCCUGCCCUCUGCAUUCUUUCUCACAUGGAUCAUCAACAUGAUUUUAAACAGCACGUGGCUUGUCUUGUGGGACAGAGAAUGGAUAAUCCCUGCACUGAUAGUUCUAGCUCUGAUUGCUUUCACCAACUACUUGCUCAUCAUAUUCUCUUGUAUUGGUCUACGUGCUAAUGGACCAUGGCUCAGACAGAAACACCCAAAAGAUCUUAUCUGCAUCAUACUGCUGGUUCAAAAUGGCAUUGCCACCUAUGCAACAUGGACAACCAUCGCCACUCUGCUCAACUUCACAAUUGUUUUGAAAAUUGCAUCUGAUUCUGCAACAAAUGCUGCUACCAUUUCUUUAUGCAUACUUCUGCUGGAAGUAAUAGUAUGGUUUACUCUGGAAAAUUUUGUGAUUGAAAGGCAUGUGCGCUACAUCCUUACCAUUUACCCUGUCAUAAUUUAUGCAUUAAUUGGAAACUUAAGCAAGCAUUACAAUGCAGCAGAUCCUGGGCGGAAUGCAGUCUUUUCAGCGGUGCUGCUCGCAGUGACCUUUGGUGUGCUAGCAGUGCGUGUGGGUUUGGUGGUUUGGAGACACAGGACUCAUCCUCUCUAUUGCGAACUCAACCCUGAGGUCCCGAUGUUACCAAACAGCAGCACUGAUAAUAAGUGUGAAUGACAAGGAGUGUUCUUGUAAAUGCACAUAAAAUGGUUGCAUGAAAGCAGCUUAAAUCGUUCAAAGUCUGUAAUUGUGCCUUGUGUGCUUUCUCAAUUGUAACAUGUAUAUACACUAACUAAUCCUUAAUACUAAUGAACACAUGGAUUAAACAGAUCAGUUUUAUACCUUUACAGUAUUUUUAUAUGGUAAGUUAACACUCGGGCCAUUCUUAAAACCAGUGGUGUUUAUUUUAAAUACAUACCGUAUAGCACAAACAUACAUUCUAAGCAUUUCAGAAAAAAAGGCCAAAAGCAUUUCACACAUUCGUAUUGUCAAACUUUGUGAAUUAUGUCUAUAGUUAAUGUAAAGAACUAUAUCUCGCAUUGAUCUGCUAGUGAUGUUAGUCCUAAAGAAAGGCUCCAACAUCAUUUGCAGAUGACAUUUGUUCUGAUGUUUUGUAUGUAAUGCCAUAAGGGUCUACUUAUUAGACCAAAUGUAUAAGAUUUUGUAUUAUAUAUUUGUUUUUGUUAUUUACCAUACUACAUCAUUUUAAUACAGAAUGGAAUUUUCUUUUUUUUAUUAAAAGUCAUACUUUUUUUUACUUAAAACAGAGAGCAAAUAAAAGAGUUGACUCUGA